AAGAUGUUUAAAGCUUCUUCUCACGAUAUACUGAUGUAUUUCCAAAAUGGCAGCUUGUAACAGUGGCAGCAGUAGUUCAGCUGCUCAGAUCGACAAACCAAAACGAUCAAGUAACUGGACUGAGGUUGAAACAAGUGUUCUAAUACGUAUCUGGAACGAGUAUUUAUCAGACCUAAGAACAGCCAAGCGAAAUGCUAAAGUAUAUGAAAAGAUAGCUGAAGAAUUUUUUGAAGCUACUGGGGUGAAUCGUGAUAAGGAUCAAAUAAGAACCAAAGUUACUAAUUUGACCUUUCAAUACAGAAAACUCAAAGCUACUUGUGGAAAUAUAGCUUCUUCUUCGUACUGGCCCUAUUAUGAAGCUAUCCACAAAAUGCUUGCUCAGUUCCCUGGGCAGGAUGAACCAAGUAUAUCUGAGGAUAUAACACAAUUACCUUCAGCUUCCAAAUCAAAAACUCCAUCACCCACACAGAAACAAACAUUUGCAAAUGAUGAUGCCUUGAUAUCUGAGGGAAGUUCUUACCAGUCCGAUCUUGUGGAAAAUUCACCUAGUUUUCAUUCUCCACAACUAAGAAAUGAAUCGGGAUCCAUCAAAAAAAGGAGAGGAUCAAAUGCUGACUUACACAAGAAAAGCAUAAAACUAAUGGAAUCAAUGUUGGAAGAACAGAAGAAAAUAAGCACAGCUGUGGAAGAAACAAAUAGAGAGGUUCGGAGAAUUCUUGACCAACAAACUCUCUUGUUAAAUAAAAGCUUGCAACUUCAGCAGCACAUGUUACAUUUGUUAGAGAAAGUCGUUUGUCAGCAUUGUGCAAAAAAAACAAAUCAUUUCUAAACAUAAAUGCAGCCUGAACUUACAAACAUCUAUUUUUUUAAAUAAAGAAAACUGGUAUGAA